AUGCCAAUUCCAAGUAAGCAUACAAAUAUCGGCCGUUCUCAGAGCUGGGAUGCUGCAGGAUGGUAUGAAGGCAACUGGGAGAAUGAAAAUGCAUUUGAAUAUCAGAGACCAACAGGGAGGAGAAAUUCGCUGACUUACGGUGGAGAAGGAGGUUGGUAUGAGCAGCCAAACCAUAGACCGCAUGAUAUCAUCUUGCAAGGAGGUGUGGAAUUGAAGCAAGAGCCAUACCCAUAUCAGGAUCCAGUUUUUAACCAGGGUCCCUUACGGAAGGGUUCUGUUCCCGACUUCACUUACUACGACAGACAGGCUGCAAUGUCUGGACGAAGCUCCUUGCCAUCUCAGGAUUAUUACAGUGACCCAUCUUUAGCCGCUAGAUCACCUAAAGAUCCACGCUACUAUAGAGACCACAUGAUUAAUAGAUCAUUACCGAAUUAUGGGAUUCCCAGUAGCAGAUUGGCUUGGGAUCAGGUACAAGGACGGUCACCUGCCCAACACGAAGCCAGCCGUAUGUAUAGGGAUCCCAUGAGUAAAAUGAUCCAAGAGGGGCAGAGAAUGCGAAACAGAGAUCCUUCUCCUGCAAGGUAUGGUGUUGAACAGCCCACCCCUAGAUAUGGAACAGAACCAUCAUCAUUUCCCAACAGGCAGGUCUAUAGUGAUACAGCAGAGAGACCUAUAGAGUCUGCAGCUGCUAGACAAACUACUCCAACGUGCUUGGUAGUCGAUCCAAAUUCUGCUACUGUUCCUGAUGGGAGCAUAGGUCCAUCUGCCGUUGCUGUAAAUCGUGGUUAUGGACCCAUCAGGGAAAAUGUCAAUGCAAAGAUUCCUUAUGACAGUUAUGAAUCUGCCAUGACUCCUUCCCAUUCUCAGAUGCCCUCAGCUUUUCCAGGACAAGACAUUAAAAGAAACUUUGAUCCGGAGUUCCUAGCACUUCUGCGUUCAGAAGGCGUGUCCGAAAGCACAUUCAAUGCUUUGCUGCAGCAAGGGUUUGAUUCUCCGAGCCUGCUCGCGAUGAUGGAAGAGAAUGAUAUAAAAUCUGUAGCUCCGAAUCUUGGACAGGCCAGGGUGCUUUCCCGCAUUGCCCAUAACUACAAAACAGAAAUUCAGCUACAAAGGCAUGAUAGGAAGAACAGCACACUCCGUCCCAGGACCCGAUCUAACAGCUUUAGUCAUCGAAGUGAACUGCUGCAGAAUGAAUAUGGCAUGCACCCCGCCACGGGUCCUGGUGUAGACGGCACAACUAUGCAGCAACCACUUCCUCCUUCUCUACAGCCAGUAUCACCAAGAGUAGGAGAAAUAAAUCGUCGCCCAUCCAGUGCCCCCACACAGCACCUUCUGGAAACUGCAACUUAUUCUGCAUCUGGGGCAACUCAUCAAGGUGCUCAUUUUCUAGCUAAUUCUGGAUACAACACUCCUUUACCAUGCAACAUGCACACUCGUCCAGUGUCUGCCUAUUCCACCCCAACUGGAUUACCAGGGACUACAGUGCAGACUAACCCACAUGCAAGUCCCAAAACAGCAUAUACAACUACUUACACAGUGCCCAUGGAGCUGCUGAAGAGGGACCGAAAUACGUCAAUGUCCCCAAUGCAUAGCCCACACAGCAGCCCUCAGCUUCUCCGAAAGCAAGGAGCCCAAAUGGAUUCCACCCUGGCACUUGCUGGCCCAAGUUUUCACAUGCAACAUUCUCCUUAUCAGAAACUCACCAGACGCACUGGACCACCAGUUAUUGUCUCAACCAUGGCGUCACCUGAACCAAGUAUUCGCCCACAAAUAAUGAAUGGCCCUAUGCAUCCUCGUCCUUUGGUGGCUUUGUUAGAUGGAAGGGACUGUACAGUGGAGAUGCCAAUUUUGAAAGACUUGGCUACUGUUGCAUUCUGUGAUGCACAAUCAACUCAGGAGAUUCACGAGAAGGUAUUAAAUGAAGCCGUUGGGGCAAUGAUGUACCACACUAUCACCCUCACCCGAGAAGAUCUAGAGAAGUUCAAGGCCUUAAGGGUCAUCGUUCGAAUAGGCAGUGGCUAUGACAACAUCGAUAUCAAAGCUGCAGGGGAGCUCGGGAUUGCUGUCUGCAAUAUCCCAUCAGCAGCUGUGGAAGAGACUGCAGAUUCCACCAUAUGCCAUGUCCUAAACCUCUACAGGCGGAACACGUGGCUGUAUCAAGCACUGAGGGAAGGGACCCGGGUGCAGAGUGUGGAACAGAUAAGGGAGGUGGCCUCAGGAGCAGCUCGGAUCAGAGGAGAAACUCUCGGCCUCAUUGGAUUUGGUCGCACUGCACAGGCAGUUGCAGUUCGAGCCAAGGCAUUUGGAUUCAGUGUGAUAUUUUACGACCCAUAUCUGCAGGAUGGGAUAGAAAGGUCUCUGGGCGUCCAGCGAGUCUACACACUCCAGGACCUGCUAUAUCAGAGUGACUGUGUAUCGUUGCACUGUAACCUUAAUGAACAUAAUCACCACCUUAUCAAUGACUUCACGAUUAAGCAGAUGAGGCAGGGAGCAUUCCUAGUAAACACAGCACGCGGUGGGCUUGUGGACGAGAAAGCCUUAACUCAAGCCCUGAAGGAAGGAAGGAUACGAGGAGCAGCGCUUGAUGUGCAUGAAUCAGAGCCAUUUAGUUUUGCUCAAGGCCCAUUGAAAGAUGCUCCUAAUUUAAUUUGUACUCCGCACACUGCUUGGUACAGCGAGCAGGCAUCCCUAGAGAUGAGAGAGGCUGCUGCUACUGAAAUCCGUCGCGCAAUCACAGGUCGCAUCCCAGAAAGCCUAAGAAACUGCGUGAACAAGGAAUUCUUUGUCACAACAGCCCCAUGGUCAGUAAUAGAUCAGCAAGCACUUCAUCCAGAGCUCAAUGGUGCCACAUACAGAUAUCCACCUGGCAUGGUCAGUGUCGCACCUGGAGGGAUUCCAGCAGCAAUGGAGGGCAUCAUACCUGGAGGCAUUCCCGUCACCCACAAUCUUCCAACAGUGGCACACCCUUCCCAAGCUCCAUCUCCUAACCAGCCCACAAAACAUGGGGACAACAGGGAGCACCCUAAUGAGCAAUAGCAGCUAAUUUAAAAAUUAUUCAAUAAACUUGGGACCAAGAGACAUUGGAAAAAAAAAGUUAUACAGGAACUAAAAAAGGAAUUUGAUACAAAAUUUGUAAUGUUGAUUUUGGACAGAUGCAUCAUUGAUGUUCCAGUGUUAACUACAAUGCGAUAGCAGUCAAGACUGGGGAGAAACCCUGAAGAAGUCACCUGCUUUACUGAAGUACUGACAACUAGGAUGAUAUACAUUAAUGAUCAGCUUCGGUUACUGUGUGUUAAGUUUCCUUCAUCUGUGCAUCAAAUCACAAGAAUAAAAUAGAUUUCCCCUUCUCAGCCCUUGGGAAUAAAGGGGCCUAUUCACCUGUAUUUACAGUGUUGCAUCAAGCAAACCUGAAAGAGUUAACAUAAGAAAUUUAAGAGGAAACCAUCAUGUGGAUUCAGCCCCUUCUUUAUUCAAUUGUCUAGUUACCUCUUUUUACAGGAGGAGAAAAUACUGGCCUAGAGAUGAGAAAAAAAAUGUCUUGGUGCAGUCCUAACUGGCCAGUAAUAUAUAUUGAGAGUUCUCUUAAUAACGUUUUAAUUAUAGCCAUUCAGGCCAGGAAGGUUAGGAUGCGGAAAAAAAGUGUCAGUUAAAUAGCUCCCCUCCUAAAACAUGAAAGUAGAAAUGUUUCUCUCAUCUGACCGACACACUGAAUAAAGUAGCUGUAAAUUCAGUUAUGCCCCCCAGGGAUGCAAAAAAAAAAAAAGUAGUAAGUUUCUCACACUAUUUGUACUCAAAUAUAUUUUCUCAGUUUUAAAUCUGCAGCUAUUUUAUCGAGUGCAAACGUCUUGAGCUGGAAAGGGUUCAAGAAGAAUAAUGUUGCAUUUCCUUAUGUCUCAGGAAACACUUUUUAUGGUAACUUGUCAGACUGUAUGAACAAAACCCACUUUUUUAGACAUUGAUAAGAGUCUUCUUUUCUUCACGUGAUAUUUUAUACAAGGACACUUCAAAAAUGUGUUAUUAGAUGUGACUGAUUUUAACAAAUCCUAUUAGAUUUGUAUCAACUAGUUACAUGUUAUAUUCAUAGUCUUUUGUGAAUCAUCGCCUUUUUGUUUAUAAAGAUGGCCUGUUUUGAGCCUUUGUAUGGGGGGGGGUUACAUUCCUGUUUCUGUGACAAAAAAAAAAAAAAAUAUCGUAAACUGUCCCAAACAGAAAGAACAAUGGCUAUCAGAAGUAUGUUUUGUUUUAGUGUGUUACCGUUAUUGUAUUUGUUUAUUGUGAAAGUGGACAUUUAGCGUUCAGUGCAGUUUUCAAUAAAAAGUGAUAAAAUUUCUAUAAUUUCUGAAAUGUAGAGCCCUCAAUGCAAUUUUAAUAUGCUUAAAAAUAGAAACCCUUUGAGAAUGUAAAGUAAGUCAUAAAUGUGAUCAGAACAGCAUUAGUCCCCACCUCUUAAAAAGACAUCAUGGCUGCACAACUCACAGUGAGGCAGGGCAGAUCUUCAGCUGCUAUAAAUUGUUACAGCUCUAUGACAAUUUACAGCAGUUGAGGAUCUGCCCUGAGGUUUCUAUUCCACAUGUAGAUAUUUAUAAUUUAGAAAUUCUGGAGAAACUCAAUUUAACCUUGCUGAUUCCUUAGUCAGUUCAGUUUUAGAAAAACUCGCCUGUGUUACUUUCUACCCCAUGAUUUUUUACUUCUCAAAAAAAUGCAUUUUGGAUACCUACCUUGCUAAUAUUUAAAUUCUGUGCAACUUUCAUUUACCCUACAUAUUAAAGAAACUCACCCUCGUGAACAUUGUGCUUUGGGAAGGAGCUAGCCCUUGGCUGUACAACCUUUUAAUAAGUGUUAACACUUAUCUACACUAGACAGAGAAAAUGUUAAACUUGAUUCUCUAGAAACUUGCUAAGUCUGAGCACUAGCAGCUUCAAACUUCACUGCAUGGAGGGUCCAUCCUUGUAUUAAUGCCAACAUCCACUUGAAUAGAUGGGGCAAAUAACUGGACAUGGGGAAAAAACAAUUGAAACCAAGAAGUUUCUAGUUACAAAACUGUAUUUUUGUUUGUUUUAAAUUAAAUGGAAAGCUAUUUACCAGCUUCAAACAUGUUACAAAGAGGUCACAUUUCAUAGCUGUGUGACUAUCCUUUUGUCAAUGAUCUAACAUAGCAAGUAUGAAUGAUUAUCCAUAAACACCAGCAUAGAGAAACCAGGAGAAUAAAACAGGUUAGUUAGAGAGAGGACAUUUGGGAAACAUGAAAAUGAAGAUAAAACAUUUAAUUCAUGUUGUCAAGAUUUAAAGUGACUAUUUUAAAAAUAACUUGUUGGUACUGUCGUUUUUUAAAAUAAGCAGUUGCAUUUCAGAUGGGUGUAAACACUGUUCUAGGAAACAGAAUAAUUUGUGCCAGUGGUUCCUAGUGCAUCCAUUGCCAGCAGUGGAUUUUGAAUCAGGAAAAUAAGAGUCCUGGCACAAACCUUUCAGAGAAUGGCAGAUGCUGUAGACUUUCAUCCAGUACUUAUAAAAAUAAGACUAGAUGCAAAUCAUAGCAAACUUAGACAAUAGCUUCCAAUUAAGUUUUACAGUUCAACAAGAACUAAAAAUGAAUUUAAAAAAUCCAAGUGUUACAAAGUAUCAUAGUAACAGGCUUCAGUUUAAAAACAACACUGUACUUCUGGGGUUGUGACCAGUAUAGAGGGAUUCAACUGUCUGUAGUACAAACACCAACAAAAUAUGCAAGGAGUAGGUCAUAUGGAGAUGGGGAGAAUGUGAAUCCAGCCUGACUUGACAUAUUACUGGGUCCAAAGCAAGGUGACUGUAGUAUGCCUCAAGUUUUUUCAGACUGAAAAGUUAGUAUGCAAGGGGAGGGGAGAGAAAUGUAUGCCAGAUAGCUGCUGCUCAAGAUUUGUGCCUUUUGCUUUACUGACAAACCAAUUUACUGCUGCUUUUGUACUAAUACAAGGAAGGCUGGGGGCGCUUCCAUCAAUCAAGGAUAACAUGAAGCAGUUCAUACAAGUAACAAAAAUGUGACUGUGCUGAUAAAACUGGCAUUUUUAAAAAAAAAAAAAAGUGUCACCACUUCAUACAGUAAAGCUCACAGAAGUUACUUCUCCUUAAGCAGUUAAUUAAGCAACACAACAAGAAUUCUGCAUUCUUCAAAAUGAACAGCAAUACUACUUUGCUAAGGGAGUAUGAAACAUUCUAGUAAUGCUGGUUAAAAGCUAUACUGUAGCAGCACUCUGGAUGAUUUCAGCAUGCCCUGGUUUAACAAAAGCGACCCAGGAAUUAAAUUCUAGUAAGGAAUUCAUGACUAGUCCAAGACAAUUCCCAGAUGCAGAGGGGGCAAGAGUUUGAAAUGAAAAACCAAGUACUGGGCUAUGUAAGCAUUCAACAGUAAAAAGCCAAGUGGUAAAUUUAAUAUAGACUGGGUCAAUAUAGGACUUACCCACCAACUGCACAUACGUGUUCGUAAACCUUCAAGUAUGUCAAAUGGGGAGAUUUAAUGUACACUGGCUACCAUGCUGGGAAAAGGACAAUUGUUUACACCUUCAUCUACUGUAGUGGGUGAGAUGCACUGUCAACAGAUAAACCCCCAACUCAUUUAACUAGGGAUUUUUGUUUAACAAGUCUCACUUAAUUUUGAAAACACAGUGAGGCUUGUUAGCCUGAACCUGUCCUUUUAUAGAUUAGAAGAAAGCAGUAAUGGUUAAUAAAACUCUACAAAAAGUAUGAAGGGUGUCAAUUUGUAACAAAAGUGGGGCAUAGAUAUUAGACAGUGUGGGGUUUGGUUUGCUUUUCAAAAUCAAAAGCUGUAAUUGCUUGUAUAGUAAACUUACAUUAAAUCUCUUUAA